AUGAGUAAUUUUCUACCAACAAGAAACCCUAAAGAUGAGUUUGUGAGAGGUUAUAUCAGAAAACAUAUACGCCGCACACAAACAAGCAGCGAACAGAGAUCAAACAACAUCAGCAGGCAGCAUCUCCGCCUCCGCCCUCGCCCUCCGGCUGCUCCGCCUCCGCCUCCGGCUGUCGAAACUUUGCAACCACCACCUAACAUUGAAUCGUCAUCUUCAACUAGUAAACCCUUGAAAAUCGUUUUGGAUGAUCUUCCGUGGGAUCCUUCCGAAAGGAAACCAAUUUCAUCUUAUCACCCUAGUCAAAAGGAUGAAAUUAGACGAACAUAUUUGCUUCGAGGUCCAUGUCAACCGAAAGGGAAAAAAACAGAUUUUCCACAAACACUUAUUGGUAAUAGUGAUAAGUUAAGAUGGUUCAAUCCAAAAUGGUACACAGAAAAGCAUGAAAAUUGGUUGGAAUAUAGUGUCAAAGCGGAUAGAGUGUAUUGCUUAUAUUGUUACUUAUUCAAAGAAAGUGGACAAAAAGAUGCAUUUGCGAUUGAGGGGGUACAAUGUUGGCAUAGGAAAGAAGAAAGAUUCGAAAUUCAUGUUGGUAAAAGCAAUAGUUUUCACAACAGGGCGGUUCAAAAAGGAGAAGACUUACUUAAAGAAGCCCAAUCUAUACCAGCGGUUCAAAAAGAACCCGAGCAAAACAAAGAAUAUAGAAUCCGAUUAAGUACUUCGGUUAUACUCGCUAAAGGAUUGUUGAAUGGCGGAUUACCUUUUCGGGGUCAUGAUGAAUCUGAAGCAUCCUUAUAUAGAGGACAUUUCAUAGAGUUUUUAAAAUUGUUCGCACAAAUAAAUGAAGAAAUUGCAAAGUACAUAUUAAGUAAUGCUCCGAAGAAUUGCCAAAUGACGGCUCCAUCAAUACAAAAAGACAUUUGUAAUUGUUUUGCAGAAGAAGUGUUAAAGAUGAUAUUUGAAGAGCUUGGUGAUGAUGUCUUUUCUUUAUUAGUUGAUGAAUCGAGGGAUAUUUCUAAAAAGGAACAAAUGGCUAUGGUUUUGAGAUUUGUUGAUAAAUUAGGAUUUGUGAAGGAGCGGUAUAUUGGUGUAGUUCAUGUAUGGAAACAACCGUUUUAUCUCUUAAAUCUGCAAUUGAUGAAUUAUUUGCUCACCGCAAUUGAUGAAUUAAUGGUUUGA